AUCGAUGGUUAUGUAGCGCGAAUUGUGACGUUUGUUCGUUUCAGAAAAGAAAAAUUGUCGCAAACAUUGCGUAAUCUCUCAAAAAGUGAAAAAUCUACGUUUCUAAUGAUGCUGCAGCCACAGAUAUUAAUUGACAAAUUUGUUGAGAGCACCGAUCCACGUUCAGUCCAGUACAAUAAUAUAGCCAAAUUGCGCUUGUCAGAUGCCCAACUUCGAGAAUAUAACUUUCCGCGAAAAAGUACAACACCUGGACUGGCAUACUUGCCAUCUGCUCAUGUAGCGCUCGAUGAAAACCGUCGAAAGUGUGACCAAUGUGGCAAUGAAUUCAAUUUGACCGAAUACGAUCAAGAAUCCGUCAAUCAAUGUCGCUACCAUCCAAAUCGAAAAACCGAUCAGAAUAACGCGUACCUCUGCUGUAAAAAACUUUACGGAUCUUUUGGAUGCACGACUAAUUAUCAUGUGACUGCACAGAUAGCUUACAACGAUUUGGCCACAUUCGUAAGCGCUCCAACCUGUGAUAUAAACUAUGUGCCGACUCAAGCGGACAUCUUUUCUCUGGACUGCGAAAUGUGUUACACCGUAGCUGGAUCGGAAAUAAUAAGCAUCACAGUUGUUGACAUCGGUGGAAAGGUCGUGUAUGAUACUUAUGUAAAGCCCACUCACCGGAUUGUUAACUACAACACGGCCUACUCGGGCAUAGAUGCGAAAACAUUGGAAAAUGUAACGUGCACACUAAGCGAUGUACAGGGCAAGUUGUGUUCCAUGUUCCAUUCGAAAACCAUCCUGAUCGGUCACAGUUUGGAAAGUGAUUUUAAGGCGCUGAAAUUGGUACACGAUAUGGUCGUGGACACGUCAGUUUUGUUUAUACAACACAGAGGCCGACGUUCGCCCGUGAAACGCCGUUUGAAGACAGUGGUUCUGGACUAUUUGCACCGACAUAUUCAACUCGAUGGAACUGGCCACAGCAGUUUGGAGGACGCUCAGGCUUGUAUUGAUUUGGUUUUGCUUAAAAUUCAGCAACAAACACGUUAACUUCUACAAGGUGCAAGGUGAUAUACGAAUUUCCGCCAUUUAACCUUGGUCGCGAAUUGAAGAUUAGUUUUUACGAUCGUUCAAUUCGUGAUGUAAAUUCAAAUUUUUCUUUUUAAAAAUUCGAAAAGGUAAAUUUAGGAUUUUUUUUUCAAUUAUCCCGUUAAUGAUUAAAGUUCGAAUUUCUCAUCGUCGCUUUAAUAAUUCGAUCGAAUUGAAAAAUUUGUUGUAAUUUUAACGGGCGAAAUAAAAUCGGUUUUUAAAAAUAGUCAAAAUUAAUGGACUACUCUGGUGUCAAAGGCACAGUAAAUAAAAUUUCUUUCUGCGAUUAGCAACU